UUGCUGGAAGAGAUGAAGAGAAAUGCCGGGUCGACUUGUGAACAACUACCGUUGAGGAGCAAGGUGUCCAAGGGUAUAAAAAGAGCGUUCAGGAUGCCUUGAGGGUGUGGUUGAUUCCAGACAGCAGCAGCAGCAGCAGCAGCAUCAUUGCCAGCAGAUCAAGAUCUCUCCAGUCCUCUCAAAAAUGAAGUUUGCACUCCUCUCCCUCGCGGCCAUGGCUGUAGCCAGCCCCGUAGCCAUUGACGUGCGGCAGACUGCCGUUACCGGGGAUGAACUUCGGACUGGUCCCUGCGAGCCCAUCACUUUCAUCUUUGCCCGGGGCUCCACCGAGCCUGGUCUUCUGGGAAUCACCACCGGCCCGGGAGUCUGCAACGCUCUCAAACUCUCUCGUCCAGGCCAGGUGGCCUGUCAAGGCGUUGGACCAGCCUAUAUCGCUGACCUGGCCUCCAACUUUCUCCCACAGGGCACGAGCCAAACUGCCAUCGACGAGGCAGCGGGUCUCUUUAAACUCGCUGCGUCCAAGUGUCCGAACACGAAGAUCGUCGCUGGUGGAUACAGUCAGGGAGCGGCUGUCAUGCACGGUGCCAUCCGUAAUCUUCCAAGCAACGUCCAAGACAUGAUCAAGGGCGUUGUGCUCUUCGGCGACACGCGCAACAAGCAGGAUGGGGGCCGGAUCCCUAACUUCCCCACAGACCGCACCAAGAUAUACUGUGCUUUCGGCGACCUGGUGUGCGACGGGACUUUGAUCAUCACUGCGGCGCAUCUCAGCUACGGCGAUGAUGUGCCGAACGCAACCUCUUUCCUCUUGUCGAAGGUUUGAGUAAUGGCUGCUCUAGUCACCGUCUGUGUUGGAGAGACAUCAGAAGGCACAAGAUUGUAGGAGGAAUAGUACGACAUUUAGGAUAGCUUAGCAAGCAAUGUCAGAUGGACUCGCUGCCUCAGGCUUAACAGUACACUGCC